UUUCUUGGUGAAUUUGUGCCGCGGGUUUUUCUUCUUCAGCUGACUGUGAGCUGCUGACUGCGAGCCACCUGGGUUGUGUGUUUCCCAGCUGCGUUUGGGUUUGUUUGUUUUUUUCCGUCAGACCCCGACUUUGUGACACUUCCCCCAGCGUCCUUGUCUCAUUGCGGCCGUCGUGGUGUUCAAUUUCUCCCCAGGAAAAUGUCAGUUGAUAAAGACGAAACUGUUCAGAGGUUAAAGGCAGCAGUACACUAUACUGUGGGUCGUCUGUGUCAGAAGAUGGGAGAGGACCACCGGAGAGAGUUCAGUCGACAAGUCAUAGCAGCAAUUGCCGAGACGACAUUCAGACAAUGUGAAAUAUUUGCUAAUGACCUGGAGGCCUUUGCAAGGCAUGCUAAAAGAAGCACAGUGACUGCAGAAGAUGUAAAGCUCAUAGCCCGUCGCAGUACUGCAUUGUCCAUCUACAUACAAAAUAAAAGCGAAGAACUGAAUCAGGAGCAGAGGGAUUUGAAAAAGAAGAAUACUGGGAAGAGGAAGAGCAGAGACACUGAGGAGGAAAGCAGAGAUUAAGGACAAGACACAGGCAGGCCUGCAGUG